CGAGAUCCUCCAGCAGCUUGUCCGACGUGCCAGUGACUACAGAAGGCCCAGUGUGUGUUAUUAGACGAUGCUAGUAGGAGUUGCGCAUAAACACCCAGCCUUUUAUCAGUAUUAAUCAUAUGCGCGUCAGGAUGAUUAUAGAAAAUGUUGACGCUCUGAAAUCCUGGCUUGCUAAACUUCUUGAACCCAUAUGUGAUGCUGACCCAUCUGCACUGGCGAACUAUGUUGUGGCGUUAGUAAAGAAGGAUAAACCGGAGAAAGAACUCCGAGCUUUGUGUGCGGAUCAGUUGGACGUGUUUCUUCAGAAAGAGACUACAGGGUUUGUUGAUAAACUCUUUGAUUGUCUAACCACCAAAAAUUAUUUGGGAAAUCCAGCUGCUAAAGAAGAAAGUAAAAUCCCAGUGCAGAAGCUUGAGGAGAAGGAAGAGCCUGCUCAUGUUGAAGACGAUAGGGAUAACAGAAGAAGAAGAAGCCCAUUGAGAAAUCGCUCAGACUUCAAUGAAUCAAGGGCUAGAGACGACCGCAGGAGAGACGACCGUAAGCGACGGGAACUGGACCGUCACGGGAAGAGCGGAGAGUCGUACCGGGAGCGACAUGAUCGGCGAGGAGGAAGCUCACGGGGAAGAAGCUACAGUCGCAGCAGGAGCCGUAGCCGAAGCAGCAGCCAUGGAAAGAGCCGAGAACGAGAGCACAAUCAGAGGAGAGCCGAGCACAGAUCCAAAUUUGAUCAGGAGCGGAAGGACGCAGAGCCUUACAACCCAUCCUCUGCCCACAUGGGUAACCCACACCACCAGCAGAGCCACCCACCCCCCCUGCUCCCCCUUCCCCUUCCCCAGCACCAGUUCCCCCCCUCAGGGACCCCCGCCGUCCCCAACGCCGUAACCGUGGCAGCGCCGGCUCACCUGCCCGACAGCACCACAGAGAGCUGGUCCACUUACUUCACCAACCACAAAGACGGAAAGACCUUCAACAAGAUCAGCACGCUCAAACACCGCUGCAGAGACUACGACGAGAAAGGAUUUUGUAUACGAGGUGAUCUCUGUCCGUUUGACCACGGUAAUGACCCUCUGAUUGUGGAUGACGUCACACUUCCUACCAUGAUCCCGUUUCCACCACCGCCAGUCCUGCCACGGAUGCCCAUGCCCCCCAUGACUGAACCCCCCCCUGGCAUGCCCAUGCCCCUCCCCCCCCAUGGGCAGCCGCCGCCUCCGGGCAUCUACCCCAUGCCAGGGCCUCCUCUAAUCCCAGCUACUGGGAUAGACACUCCACCCCACUCCAGAACCAGAACCUCUUCCCCUUUGGCCCUGCCUGGAGUGGGACCACCUCCUCCUCCACCUCCACCACCACCACCACCACCACCUCCUUCCUCUUCUUCCUCCUCUUCUGCCUCUCUCCAUCCUCAAUACACUCUCUCUGAAUACAGCUAUGACCCCGAGGCCUAUAACCCAGAGUCCCCAGCACUGACCGGCCCAGGCAGAGCUCAGUACCGGCAUUUCAUCCCUCGCAUCCAGACGCAGAGACCCAACCUCAUCGGCCUUACCUCUGGUGAUGGACAAAACUCACGAGCUAACAUAGUGAUUCAGACGGAGCCAUCUGUCCCGAGUGUGUCGAGCAGUGAGGCGAGGUACAACUCUGAGCAGGAGAACAGGAAGAGGUGUCUGCCGUCGGCUGAUGGCCCACUGGUCAAAAAACCCUGGAUGGACAAACAAAACUUCAAUAACCAGCAUAAACCCAUCUUCCCGAAAAAGAUUUAUUACGUCAACACCAAACUAGAGGUCCGCAAAAUCCCCCGGGACCUCAACAACAUCACCAAACUCAAUGAGCACUUCAGCAAAUUUGGAACCAUAGUCAACAUUCAGGUGGUGUUCGGGGGGGACCCAGAGGCAGCACUGAUCCAGUACACAGCCAACGACGAGGCUCGGAGGGCCAUCUCCAGCACUGAGGCCGUUCUCAAUAACCGCUUCAUCAGAGUCUACUGGCAUAGAGAGCCCACAUCCAGCACACAGGAGCAGGGACCCGGUCAGAACACGAACCCUGGCCAACAGCAGCCCACGACACACAAGGUCAUUAAGCAGCACCCUGCAGGAGCUUACGUGCUGAAUAAUACCUUCCCCAAACACCAGACUGCCACGGGAAUCAUGGGCGGCACUGAACCCACCAGCCCGAACCAAGAGCCAUCAGUGGGUUUGACGCCAUCUUCGAGUUUACCGAAGGGUCCGUUCUCACGCACGGUGUUGAAAACCGCAUCAAAGUCAUUAGGAAAAACGGGCAAAGCGCUGGAAGCUCAGGAGGUUCUGAAGAAGAAGCAUGAGGCGUUGAAACUGCAGCAAGACAUGAGGAAGAAGAAACAAGAAAUGGUUGAAAAACAGAUCGAAUGUCAGAAGGUGCUGAUAAACCGCCUGGAAAAGAACAGAGGGAUGAAGCCAGAGGAGAGAGCAAACAUCAUGAAGACUCUUAAAGAACUGACAGAAAAGAUCUCUCAGCUGAAGAAUGAGAUCAGCCCGACCGCACCAGCUACUGCCAACACUACACAAUCAAAGUCAAAAACAGACGCACAGAAAGAGUUGCUGGAUGCGGAGUUGGACUUCCAUAAGAAGUUGACGUCAGGAGAAGACACAACAGACCUGAAGAGGAGGUUGGGUCAGUUGCAGGUGGAGGCCACCCGGCUGGGCCUGAUAUCGGCGGGACGGGGCAAACCCCCAGCGGCACCGGCCCGGGGCAGAGGGAGGGGCAGGGGGCGGAGCCUCAGGGGGCGUGGCGGAGGCAAUCACAUGGUGGUGGACCACCGGCCUCGAGCCAUCUCUAUUAUCGGCUUCACACAGGAAGAGAAGGAGGAGCUCAUGCCGCACUUCGUGAAAUUUGGCGAGGUCGAGGAGCUUCACGACCACGACGCCACCAGUGUCGUAAUGACCUUCAAAACCCGCAGUGAAGCAGAAAAUGCUGCAAACCAAGGAGCAAAGUUCAAAGGUCGAAUUCUACAGAUCUCAUGGUACAAACCUAAAACCCCAUCUGUGUCCACCGAACCAGAAGAGGAAGAGUCCAAGGACGAGGUCAACGCUGCAGGAAUCCAUGUAAUGACGGAUCCAGUCAGCCCCUUUCUGCUUCCAGAGGAAGAGGAAGAAGAUGAUGACGAAGAAGAGGAAGACGAGAGCCGCUCAUGGAGGCGAUGAGGAAGGGGAGACGGCACCACUUUUUGUUCAAGGACUCUCAUUUUUAGUUUUUGUUUGUGAAGUUAAUUUAAACAUAUUUGAUUGAAUAAGACAAAGUGUCUUUCUUUUUUUUGUUUUUUAAAGACGGUUUUCAGUAUUUUGAGAC